AGUUUGAUAUCUAAUCAACAUGCCCCCACGUCCAGAACCAGCAGCUUCCACCUCCCUUUUAGUGAUGAUAAAUCAGAACAUCAAUCUUCCUUCUACUCCCUCAAGGAACAAGUUUUAGCUACAGAUCGAGUACAGUCUUCUACAAUCUUUUGGUGUGCCAACUGCUAGCCAUGAUGGAGGGCAAGGCAGUCAUAGGUGAGACUGACAUGCUGCCGACGAUGCAGCAAGAUGCGCUCCGCCUCGCUGCGAAGGCCCUCGACCACUUCGAUAUCACAGACUCCACCGAGAUAGCCCGCUUCAUAAAGAUGGAAUUCGACUGUCUGUAUGGCCCAGGUUGGCAGUGCAUCGUAGGGACAGACUUUGGUUCCUUUGUGACGCACUGCUGUGGCUGUUUCAUUUACUUCGGCAUAGGCAGCCUUGCAAUCUUGCUCUUCAGGGGUGGAUCAGCACCUGAAUACGACACGGACCGACUCAUUGACAUGAAGACAGUGAAGGCAUGAACUCUUUGUGUCUUCUUUUUUAUUUCUUUGCUCAAGAGUGGCUUGUGUAGAAGGUGUCAAACCGUGAUGAAAAGAAACCUGGUUUGGCAUUUCUCAGUUCCAGGUUUAACUUCGCCUGCCGGGAUAUCACCUUCUGCAAAACAUGCCUGUAAGGCUGUUGUGAAAGAAAAUGCCAUUCCAAUAAAGAAGAUAGGGAAAGGUUAGAUGGCAAAGGCAACCUGGGUACCAUGCAUUAGUUUAUGCUAUAUAAGCUCUGAAACUGCUAUGAAGAUGAACAAUUAACAGAUUUGACUUGAAUAAA